AUCAAAAACGAAAGGAGGAAAAUGUCUUCCUCCUACGGCAAAGUCGAUGAGCGUGACCAUGUAACGCUCCAAGCUCGUCGCGACUCGAGGAAGAGAAUCACAAUCAUCGUCGUAUCGCUACUCGUUCUCGUCGGUAUCGUGAUUGGAGCCGUCUUCGGAACCAUGGCUAACAAGAAGUCAACGACGGUGGACACUAACGUUAACGGAGAACCAAUCUCCGUAUCCGUCAAAGCCGUUUGCGACGUUACGCUACAUAAAGACAAGUGUUUCGAAACGGUCGGAUCAGCUCCAAACGCAAGCAGUCUCAAUCCAGAACAGCUCUUUAUAUACGCCGUCAAGAUCACAAUCGCAGAAGCCACGAAAGCUCUCAACGCAUUCUCCUCUUCAGGAGACAACACGACGUCCAUGCAUGCUUGCGUCGAGCUUCUUGACCUAACGAUAGAUAACCUCAACAACACGUUAACAUCGUCAUCAAACGGUGACGUCACGUUACCUGAGCUAGUCGCUGACCUCCGUACAUGGCUGAGCUCAGCCGAAACGUACCAAGAUACUUGUAUAGAGACGUUGGCUGAAUCAAACAAUCCAGAAUCGAAGACGUUCGGAGAAGGUCAGCUCAAGAACGCAACGGAGCUGACGAGUAAUGCUUUAGCUAUCAUCACAUGGCUUGGUAAGAUCGCUGACUCCUUCAAACUAAGGAGACGUUUGCUUAGUGCUGACGUGGCGGUGGACUUCAACGUGGGGAGGAGGUUGUUGCAGAGCACGGAUUUGAGGAAGGUGGCGGAUAUUGUGGUGGCGAAGGAUGGCUCAGGGAAGUAUAGAACGAUCAGUAGGGCUUUAAAGGAUGUGCCUGAGAAGAGUGAGAAGAGGACGGUUAUAUAUGUGAAGAAAGGAGUUUAUUUUGAGAAUGUGAAAGUGGAGAAGACCAAGUGGAAUGUUGUUGUGGUUGGAGAUGGAGAGAGCAAGAGUAUUGUCUCUGGUAAACUCAAUGUCAUCGAUGGAACUCCCACUUUCCAGAGCGCCACGUUCGCUGUGUUCGGGAAAGGGUUUAUGGCAAGAGACAUGAGCUUCAUCAACACAGCCGGUCCAUCCAAACACCAAGCCGUAGCUCUAUUGGUUAGCGCAGAUCUCGCAGCCUUUUACCGAUGCACAAUGAACGCAUACCAAGACACGCUUUACGUACACGCGCAACGUCAGUUUUACCGUGAGUGCACCAUAAUAGGAACAGUCGAUUUCAUCUUCGGUAACGCAGCCUCCGUUCUACAAAACUGCAAGAUUCUCCCUCGCCGACCAAUGCAGGGACAGCAGAACACAAUAACCGCUCAAGGACGCAAAGAUCCUAACCAGAACACAGGAAUCUCGAUACACCGUUGUAACAUAUCUCCGCUAGGUAACCUAACUGGUGUUCAGACGUUUUUAGGUCGGCCUUGGAAGGAUUUCUCGACGACGGUGAUAAUGGAAUCGUCGUUAAACGGGUUUAUUGAUCCCAAAGGUUGGUUGCCGUGGGUCGGAGACUCUGCGCCGGAUACUAUAUUUUACGGUGAGUAUAAGAAUAUCGGCGCUGGUGCGUCGACUAAGAAUAGAGUUAAGUGGAAGGGAUUGAGGUUUUUAAGUACAAAGGAAGCGAAUAGGUUUACGGUUAAGCCUUUUAUCGACGGUGAAAGAUGGCUUCCGACGACUAAAGUUCCGUUCAGGUCCGGUCUCUGAGUUUGUUUUCCGGUAACGAGAUUUCCAAUUCAAAUCUCUUUUAUUUUGGAUGUGAACGUGUUAUAAAGUGUUUAUUCUUAUUCUAUUGUAUAUUUGAUUGAUUAAUUUCAAAUCACACUAUCUAAAAAGAAACAAGGUGAGCAUAUUGUGAUUUUGUGUUGGUAACCUCUAUAAAUUAAUAAUGUUGGGACUACA